AUGCCGCGCAGAGCUCAUAAAAAGUCCCGGAACGGUUGUCUGGAGUGCAAGCGCCGCCAUAUUAAAUGCAACGAGAACCGUCCAAUAUGUUCCAAUUGCACCGUCUCGGAGCGGGUGUGCGAGUAUGGAAUCAACGUGUUCAAGGUCAUACGGCCUGUAGACUCACCAAUUCACUCGGCGGCUUCUACGUCUCUCUCACCAGCGACCAACUUGCCAUCGGGCCGCUCCAGUCUCAGUCCGAAUCCAGGAACUCUUCAAGAUCCGCCUGUGAAUAUGCUUCACAUGGAGCUUUUCUACCAUUUAUCUACCGACACAUUUCUGGUGUUUGACAGCAGGAAGAGUGCAGACCAGUUCUUUAGUAUUAUGCCGCACCUCUUACAAUCACCCUACAUGGUGAAUGAGCUGCUCGCCUUCAGUGCGUUACACCUCAGCACCAAGCAUCCGGAGCGACGGGAGUACUACCGGAAUCAUGCUGCUCAGCUCCAGACACAUGCGCUGGCAAUUUUCAAUGAAACAGAGUUGGAGGUGAAUCAAGAGACGUGUGUUCCCCUGUUCUUCUUCUCGGCUAUUCUUGGGCUUCACACGCUCUGCGAUGUACUCGUAUACAGGGAGAACGAUUUCGAGCAGGUUGUCGACAAGUUCGUGCAUUGUUUUCGACUCUACCGGGGUGUCAGAGCAAUCUGCGGAAAAGCCUGGGAUAUGCUACACCAAUCGGUCCUCAAGCCGAUGCUAGUGGAUGGUCAGUCCCUUUAUCGGUUCGACGGUCGACUGGGAGCGGGAUGCGAUAAGCUUCUUAACCUGGUUCGAGCGGCGAAGCUCGGAGCUACCUUGACAAAUAUCUACAAGCAAGCCAUAGAGUACCUACAGUCCUCGACGAAUGCGUUGAUGGCUGCUGGAUCUCUUGCCGGAAAUAUUCAUGGCACCACCGGAUGGCCUGUACUUGUUUCCCAGGAAUACAUUGACCUACUGAUGCAGCGGCGACCAGAGGCGCUUGUGAUCCUAGCUCAUUAUGCCAUUUUACUUCAUUCCUGCCGUGAUUCGUGGAUGUUCGGUGAUGGUGGCCAAUUUCUGAUCGAGUCUAUUCGUGAUUUCCUGGGCCUGGAUUGGGCUGAGUGGUUGGAAUGGCCGAUCAAAGCUCUGAAUAGCCCCAUCGAGCCCUUGCUACGUGAAUUCGGGUAA